AUGCAGCACCACAAAGAGGCCGUUGAGGCGCCAGGUGAAGGAGACGAAUCACAAAAAAAGAAAACAGAGCUGGCUGAAACAGACACGGCAGCGGAGUACUUCGAGAGAUACGAGAGAAGAAGGGGUAACAGAGAAAGCACGAAAGAUAGCAACAUGGACUACUGGCUUUCAGAAGACGAAGAGGAGGAAAGUCAUCAGCUUAGAGCGCAGAAACGGAAGUCUCGAGCCAAGAAAGAGCCGUACGUGGUUCAAGAUGCAAAGGCGCCAAAGCUGAGACCAGCAGAAGACGUUCUGAAGAGACUGUGGUGGGACCCUAGCCUACAUAGUGCAAACUUCACGAUAGGAUAUCUGGAACGAUUUGCAGGCAUCACGGAGAUGCCAUUGGCCACGUGGGUCACAGAGACCAGCGAUGAAGAUUUCAUCCCACAGCACAGAAUCAAAUACUUCAAGCGCAACACUGAUGGAGAAAUUGUCUGGGACCGGGAAGCAAGGAUUGACAAGAUCUUCGGAAGCGGUCUAACCGGCAGAGUGGAUAAUUCUGGCCGCGGCGAGGGUCAUAUUUCUGCUACGCAUCAACGGGGCAUGAUAUCAGGCAAAGACUCGUCAGAGUAG